UGUGAAUAUUACUUCCUUGCAACUUGCAAGUAAAAUCAAGUGUCUGUUUUAGAUUUAAAGACGUUUAUAUAAUCAAUUAUUUGUACGUCAUUUUGAUGAGUAGUACGGGUUUCGAUUUCAAUGAAUCAACUAGAAGCAGAUACAGCAUCGAUUAGAAGACCUUACAGAAGGAAUUGCAGCUGUGGAACGUGUCCAGAAAUUGAAGAAGAAUGGAACUGGCUUGCAAAGGCCAGAUUGGAAACAAACAAACAUCAACAACUAAAACACCAGGCAGGAAGAGGACCUUGUGUUAUUUUUAUUUUAGACACGUCAGCAAGCAUUAGAGGACAGGGAUUCAGAGAAUUAAAAGAGGCAUUUACGUCCAUUAUCGAUGAAUCCUCGCAUUAUCCUGAAAUUGAUGAAAAUAUAGCAGUCAUUGUUUGUGGUCAAAAAACAAAAUUCCAACGAUAUUACUCUAAUAGAUACAAUGAAAUCAUUCAUUGUAUUGAUGACAUCGAAUGCAAAGGAUCGUCACCCUUAGCGGCUGCGAUGUGGCUUUCUACGGGUGCCCUGGAUGGAGUUUCCUCCCAAAAAGUCGAGCGCAUCAAAUUGAUGUCAUCUGUGCACGUGAUGCCACGUAUUGUUAUGAUAUCUGAUGGCAAACCUACAGACAUACGGUUCACCAGUCGACCAGAAGGUGACGCCACGGAGUAUGCAACUAAAUCAGCAAAAGAUCAGACGCUGCGAGUUGCAUCCCGUCUUGGAAAACUAUAUCCUAUUUUCUGUAUUCCAGUUGGAGACAACCCCGAUGUGUCCUACUUAGAACAGUUGUCAGCCGUGUCAAAUGGCGGAAGUAUUGUGCAUCUUAAAGACGUUCGGCAGUUUGGACGAUACAAUAAACAUUUGGAAAUACCAUCUAUCAUAGAACCCUUCAAUACGAUGAUGCCGCUGAAUAAAGAAAUGCUUCUUUCUGUUUUGUCACAACAAAUGCCACACACAAGUUCAAGGCUGGAUAAUAAUCAAAUUGAUGCUAUAGUGGACUUUGUUGAAAGACGAGGCAGUUUUCGAAUUGAAGAUCAAUAUCUAAUUGUUGACAAUAAUGAUGACGAAAAGUAUCAGGAGUUAUUUCAUCAUAUGCCCCCAUUAGGAUCGAGGGUUAAGCGUGGUCCAAACUGGAAAUGGCAAAACCAGGAUGCAGAAGGGAUAGGAACAGUCGUUGGACACUUCGCUGAAGAAGAUGGAUGGCUCUAUGUAGAAUGGGACUAUGGUCAAACCUGUAAAUAUCGAUUUGGAAAGAUGAUCUAUGACGUUAUCGUGUGUAAUGAACCAAGGGUAUUGAAUGACAGUGAACUCAUAGCGGCUGGAUGUCUUGUUCAAAGAGGACCGGAUUGGAAGUGGGCAGAUCAAGAUGGUGGACCUGGAAACAUUGGUUCCGUGUACAGGGUGAAGACUGAUGGAACAGUUUACGUACGAUGGUCAAACUCUGUUAGAAGUAAUUACAGAUUCGGAUACGGGGGACAUUUUGAUGUUGAAAUUGUUGUCCCUACGGCGAAUGAGAGCAGACCGGAUAUAGAUUGUGCGUCUGGAUUUGACCAUUCUGAAUCAACGAAUAUACGGAACAAACAGUCAACCUCUGAUGGUUCAGGCCACACGAAACCAUAUAUAGCGCUUCCGAAGAGAUCCUGGUUCUGGCAAGAUACCGAGAGAAUUUGGAUGCCCUAUCCUGAUGCUGUGAACGACAUAAUCAACGAUAAUUAUGAACAAAAUCCACACUCUACAGUUAUAAUACGUUUUGAUGGUCAAAGGUUUAGAGUUGAUCUGUCAAAACUGAAGUGCAUCAAUGUUACUACCAAGGAAAUCAGUGAAAUAGCUUGGAGAUGGACAUAGUGAUUUGGAAAUCGACUGAACGUCUGUGGUCAGCUCUGUCAUUGUUUGCUGUUUCUAUGAGUGAACACUUUCCCUUAAGAUGAUAAAGUUCUUAUGUUAUGGAUUUAGUACUCCUACGGACACUUUACUCAUCCAUGUGCUUGUAUGUCUAUCUUGGAUUUAAAUAUUGAUGGAAUUAUA